AUGACGUCAGGCUCUCUCAGCGCUCCCAUUGGCUGGUUUGUGUCAGCUGAGUCAACGCACCGGAAACGGGAACUCUUGAUCGCGUUGAUCCUCAUCUGCUAUAGUUUACAGCUCUAAACUCUGAUUAUUCACCAUGUCGGGGAGUUUUUAUUUCGUUAUGGUGGGUCAUCAUGAUAACCCAGUGUUUGAGAUGGAGUUUCUCCCUCCUGGAAAGGCAGAAGCAAAGGAUGACCACAGACACCUGAACCAGUUCAUCGCUCACGCUGCUCUGGAUCUGGUGGAUGAGAACAUGUGGCAGUCCAGCAACAUGUACCUGAAGACUGUGGACAAAUUCAACGAGUGGUUUGUGUCUGCCUUCGUCACAGCUGCUCAUAUCCUUCUCACACACACCGUCAGCCGUGUGCUUCAGUAA